UUGCCUUUGGGCCUGGCCAAACAGUGUUUGGUGACACAGCAGAAAGGGGAAGUUGGCAAACAGCUGUUGGAGCAAUCUCCUGCUCACAAACAGCUGUUUGCUCCUUCCCCUCCUGCCUGCCCUGCAAGGGUGUUGGAGAGUAGCUGUGGAUUUCUCACAGUCCUCGUGGGAGGGGCAGAAGUGACAAGUACAGAAGUCACCUUUUGAAGCCUGGAAUUGUCCUGGAAGAGCACGUGGGAAGUCCAAGAAGGGAGCAUGGACCAGCCCAGUGGAAGGAGUUUCAUGCAAGUUCUGUGUGAGAAAUACAGCCCUGAGAACUUCCCCUACCGCCGUGGGCCUGGCAUGGGGGUGCACGUGCCAGCAACUCCACAGGGCUCACCCAUGAAAGACCGCCUGAACCUGCCCAGUGUGCUGGUGCUCAACAGCUGUGGCAUCACCUGUGCCGGGGACGAGAACGAGAUCGCCGCCUUCUGCGCCCACGUCUUUGAGCUCGACCUCUCUGACAACAAACUGGAAGACUGGCACGAGGUCAGUAAAAUUGUGUCCAACGUCCCCCACCUGGAGUUUCUAAACCUGAGUUCCAACCCUCUCAGUUUGUCCGUUUUAGAGAGAAGUUGCGCGGGGUCUUUCGCUGGCGUCCGCAAACUCGUGCUCAACAACAGCAAAGCUUCCUGGGAGACAGUGCACACCAUCCUGCAGGAAUUGCCUGACUUGGAGGAACUCUUCCUGUGCCUUAAUGACUACGAAACAGUGUCUUGUUCUCCAGUUUGCUGUCAGUCUCUCAAGCUCCUCCACAUAACUGACAAUAAUCUUCAAGACUGGACUGAAAUUCGAAAGUUGGGAAUUAUGUUUCCAUCACUGGACACACUUAUCCUGGCUAACAACAACCUCACCACCAUUGAAGAGUCAGAAGAUUCCCUGGCAAGGCUCUUCCCCAACCUAAGAUCCAUCAACUUGCACAAGUCAGGUCUGCAUUGCUGGGAAGACAUUGACAAGUUAAAUUCUUUCCCGAAGCUGGAGGAAGUGAAAUUGCUGGGAAUUCCUCUGCUGCAGUCUUACACCACCGAGGAGCGCAGGAAGCUGCUAAUAGCCAGGUUGCCAUCCAUCACCAAGCUCAACGGCAGCAUCGUGGCCGACGGCGAGCGCGAGGACUCGGAGCGCUUCUUCAUCCGCUAUUACAUGGAGUUCCCCGAGGAGGAGGUCCCCUUCAGGUAUCACGAGCUGGUGACCAAGUACGGGAAGCUGGAGCCCCUGGCAGUGGUGGAUCUGCGGCCGCAGAGCAGCGCCAAGGUGGAGGUUCACUUCCAGGACAAGGUGGAGGAGAUGUCCAUCCGCCUCGACCAGACUGUGGCAGAGCUGAAGAAGCACUUAAAAACUGUGGUGCAGCUGUCAACAAGCAACAUGCUGCUCUUCUACUUGGACCAGGAAGCUCCUUUUGGUCCCGAGGAGAUGAAAUACAGCUCGCGGGCGCUGCAUUCCUACGGCAUCCGGGAUGGGGAUAAAAUUUACGUGGAGCCCAGAAUGAAAUAGCCUUUCUGCCCACACCCACACGCCCCCACACACCCACACACAUGCAUUGAGGAGUUUUUUGCAAGGUUUUUAUUUCGGUUGGUUGGUUGAGGUUUGGUUGUGUUUCUGUAGCAGGUAAUUUCUUAGCCCGGAGGAAGUGCCCUGAUCUGAGAACCAUGCCCACCAUCCACUGCAGGUGACCUUGAGGUGACAAUUGACUUCAGGAUGUGUGUUUCAGUGUGGGCAAUACCUUGAUGUUUCCUUUGAUGCUCCGGUAUACUCGUGAUUUGGCAUGAAUGGUCAGUUGUUCAAGCUAAACAAUGCCAGGGUCCAUAAGGGAGGAGACAGCUCGGUGCAGAAUUUAACCUGUUGUUUUCUUUUCCUAAAUUUUUUGGUGUUUUGCUCCACCAGAUCUCCCUUUGGCCUAGCUAUCCAACUGUGGCUCGAGCUUGCUGUAGUAUUUUCUUGCAGCUUGGUGCUGUUUCAACCUUUUGUUGUGCUCGAGUUCACAGGAAAGAUCUCCAUCAGUAUUCUGCUUGAUUCAGAGCUCAGGUACUUUAGUGCAUCCACUUCUCUCCACUGGUUUGCUUUCUGUGAGUGCACAACAUGGGGGAAAGAAAGAGAACUUCCCAGAAAGAAACUUUCUUUUCAAAGUGCACGCUCUAUAUCCACCUGAUUUUGGGGGAAAAAAAGAGGUUUUGGCUGCUGUACCCAUCUCACACGGUGCCUGCAGCCUGUGGGGAUAAAGGAUGUGUUGGAAAGUGAAUUUUGGGAGGUGGUGGAUGAGCGCUGCGUUGGAAGGGCUUUUAGAACAACAAGUCAACAAGGGAUUGAAGAGCAGCUUCCCCUGUUGUCCAUCCUGAUGCUGAAGAGCUCCUCCGUGCACUUCACCUUGUACCAGUGGGUGCUGCAAGUGGAAUGGCUAAAAUUCCUCUCCUGGGAGAGAGGAAGAGUCAAGUUGAAGUUUGUGUUUGUUGCUGUUGCACCAGUUCAAACCUAGCACUUUGCCCGGGGUCCCUGCCUAGGGUCCGGACUCGGAGGAUGUGUUGGCUCGGAUCAGCCUCUGGAGGUGGAGGAACAAAGCAGCUGGACCCAUGUUGGGUGUUCAGCUGGGUUCCCUGAACAAAGCAGCUGAACCCACGCUGGGUGUUCAGCUGGACCCACGCUGGGUUGGGUGUUCAGCUGGACCCACGCUGGGUUGGGUGUUCAGCUGGACCCACGCUGGGCUGGGUGUUCAGCUGGACCCACGCUGGGUGUUCAGCAGGUUUCACUCUCUCUCUCUCUUGGCUUCCCCCUCGUAGGCAUCGCGUGCUGCUGCUUCACGUAGUCCCCGUUUUCUACUGCAGAGCAGAUCCCCCUGCCUGGUCAGUGAAAUCCUCCUUCCUUUUUCUCUCUCUUGUUUCGCUUUCCUGUGUCUUCCCCGCUCCAAGUUCAAGACUUUCCCAAUUUCCUGGUUACAAGCAGCUGCUCAGCAGUUUUUGGAGCUGUGCAGCGAGGGCUCUAGUUACACAUGAACUCCUGACCUUCAUUUUGAAAUGCUCCCUUUAUCCCCACGUGCACUUUCUUUCCCAGGAUGCUUUCUCCCACAUCACCGAGCUCCUUUGGUAUUCUUGGAGUUGUGUAUUUCUCUUCACAUUUUACUGGAUUGUGGGGUGGGAUCGUUGGGGAGGGGACAAAGUAUUAUUAUCUCAUAGUCUUCAGGUUUAGGAUUUGGGGAUUGUUCAGAGGGGAUUAGUUCCUCAUCCAAAGCAAGGGUUAAAAUGGGAGGAUUUAAAACAAGUUACUAAUUUGUGCCUCAUCCCCCUGCCAAAAAUAGCAAUUUCUUGGCCCCGUUGAGAUGAGCAAUAGGGAAGGGAGUGAGAUUUUCCACAGGUAGCAUAGAUUUUUCAUAGAUCCAUGGUACCUAACAGCAGGGAGAUAGUGGCAGUAGAACAUAAAAUGAUGCUUUUAUAAGCUAGAGCUUUACUGAAGAUGUAUUUUCCGUUUGGGCAGUGAAAAUAAUUUGCUGCCUGAUAGCAGAACCCUUAAGCCAACACUUCUGUAUGAUAUAUACAUACCUACCAAUAGGAAAAGUUGUGGUUAAUAAGAUAUUUUGUUAUAAAGCAAAGUUUUAUGAAGAUAUGGUUGUUUAAUAUUAGAAGCCUAUUUCAGCCCUUGACCUCCAGUGUGGGUAGGUUAUCCCUGAGUGGCUGCAGAGUCCGAGGCAAGAGACCUGUGGGGAUGCAAAAGUGUCUCUGACCCGAUUCUGCAGGGCAGUAAUUGCCUCUGUGGGUGUAUUUAUGGCAUUGUACCUGCUCUUGGUGAGAUGCUGGAACUCUUGACCAACUUCCUCAGCACAAUUAAGAGUCUGGGUUUCAGAGAAGGGAAUAAAGAAAGAGUGGAAUGGGAUGAUAAAGGAGGCCCAAGUAUGUGCUUUUAAGUUUGUUUGCCCACUAAAAAUUGGGCUGUCUGUAUAGGGAUCAGUGCUGUCACCAGCUCAGAACUGGCAGUAAAUCCUGCUUUUAUUUGUGACAGACCUGGUGGGAACUGGAAGAUGGAAAAAGAGAGCACAGAAGGUUAAGAGGUGCUGGGGAUUUGGUGCUGACACCCAGACCUGCUCCCCUGGUCCCUUCGGGUAUGAAAUCACCACCCUGCCACUUCUCCAGGGGAAGGUUGUUCUCGAGGCAUUCACCUUGUGUGCAGGUAGUGGAGCAAUCGUGGGGCAGAAACCAAAAGUCUUGGUUGCUUCCCAAGGAGAAGGACUCACCCCAAAACCAGAGAGAGUUUGUGUGUGCAGAUGAUGAGCUGUGGGAAGUGGGACCAAACAGCACACAAGGGUGUGACAAAUACCCCAAAUCAUGGUGCCUUGUGGGGAAGGGUCUUGUGUGUGCACCCAAGGGGUUUGAUUAAAACCUCUGCCACGUCAGGAGGGGCCGUGUCCAGGCAUUGCCAGCGCGUGCCCUCUUCAGCUAAAGGUCCCUGGGUCUGUCACAUCCACUUGAGAAAACAAAAUAGAUGUGCAAGCUUCCCUGGCUUGUGUGUCCUACCUGAGGGCUGCUUUUGUUGUGUUGUUCCUGCUGUUUCAUGCAUCAAAGUCUGCCACGGGCAGCCUGCACAGCGGGCAGAGCACCUGCUCCACGAGGACUCGGGUGACAGCUGUAUACCAAAGUGUCCCACGGCUCCGUGUGACAAGUUUGAGGCUGUGCUGUGUGGUUUUGGAGAUGUUCCUGUUCAAUAUCCAUAUUUUUGGCCAGAUGUUCCAGGCAGAUCUCUGUUAUGAAUAUGCACGGGGUGCUGGCUGUCCUCUGCUCGCUGGCUGGGAUUUGGAACCUUGUUUUUCGGAGCUGCAGGUGUGACCCGUGGUGGCUUGGGGGACGUGCUGCUGGGGACAGGCUCUCCCUGUGCCCUUUCCUCCUCGGGUCUGCAAUCCGACAGAGGUGUCACGGCUCUGCCUCCUCUCUUGUCACUGAGAUUCUGUGGGUUCUGUUCGUGUGUGCGAGAUUUGAGAAUGCAAAUGAGGUGCUGAAAGCAGCCCAGAGGCUGAAAUGUGUAUUCCUGGCAGCUGUGCCUCCCUCGUUUGGAUGUGGCACGUUUGUAGGCAGCAGAGAGACGCCUUCCCCAGAGCAACCUUAGAGGGGCUUCAGCCACCUCGGGCCUUUGCCUCUGUGAUUGCUUUUCUGCAGUUCCUGGAAACUUCAAAUAUAAUUUAAACAUGAAGAUCUGUUCUUGCUCCCUGUUAAUGUUGCAUCCAUAUGUAAUUUCAAAGAAGAAGAACUGUGAGUCCAUCUGGUUUUUUAUUCUGGUUUCUCUCCCAGGGGAUACACCUCCCGCUCCCACAAUUUGCCUUUGGUUUGCUCGCAGACUUAGUGGGUGGAAUUCAGGCCAAAAUAGGUCAUUGGUUUGGAUCAGUUCAAUAAACUUAUGUAAGUUUUUACACUAAAA